GGAGCGUCUGCGUGCGCAGCUUCAGAACAGAGUCGCUGUGACCGAGCCGUAAUGAGGAGAUAAAUAGAACCCUUAUCUAUUUAUUUUGGGAAUAUUCGGCUUUAAUUGAUCCGCUGAGCGAAGAGGAGCGAACGGAGGUGAAAGCACCGAUGUUCUCCUGGUGUAACGGACUGAAUCAUGGAAGGCAACGAUGACGUGCGUCUUGAUGCAGCAGAGCUACAGAAUGACACGUGCAGCGCUGAGGAGCGAGGAGGGGAGGUCGUCAGUAAAGUGGAAGACGGAGAAAGCCCCCUCAUUGCUGACCCGUGUGACAGCAGCCCGACCAAAGCAGGGAUGUCUAACCACAUAGACGACCCUUCGCCGUCAGCGGUGGGUCCCGCCGCUGAGCCUCCUGGAGGCGUGGCCUUGAAGGUGGCCACCACUGUCCUCCACCCGGUGUGUCUGGGAGAGAGUCCGCUGAUGCUGCCCAUCCACCUCCAGAUGGCCGGAGCAGCCGCGCCUCCGCUGGGACAAAUAGGCGCAGCACCGUUCUUGAUAGCGAGCCAAAGCCCGGUUUCUCUCCCUCUGGUUCUGGACCAGCAGGUCCUACAGCACAUGAGUCCCUCUGUGAUCCCUCAGCCCCCCCCCUGUACGCAGUUACCCCUGCAGAACCUUUGUCAGAACCCUCUGACGUUUGCUUUACCUCCGGCUCUUGACCCGAAGGGGGCAGGACAAACGCAGGAAGAGAACCUGUUGUCUCUUCUGCAGAAUCCAGCUUUUGCAGCUAUUCUGCAGGAUCUCUUCCCUCCCCAGUCAGGAUCAUCCUCCUGUCAGUCCCCAGGCUCUGCCUUUUUCCCCCUCCCUCCUCUCACACCCCCUUACACCUCCCCUUUGGCUCCUCUAGUUCCUCCUGCCACGCUCUUAGUCCCCUAUCCUGUGAUCAUUCCCCUACCAGUGCCUCUGCCCGUCCCCCUCCCCAUCCCCAUCCCGGUUGCUCCAAGUGAGGACUCAAAAGGGAGCCAGCCAAAACCAGUUUGCACUGUGAGUAAAAGCACUCAGACGUCACCCAGAGAUACUACCUCUCCCUCUUUGUCUUCAAGGAAGUGCGUUUCUCAUUCCCAGCCACCGAACGCGCCCCUGACCUCGCUGCCUUUAGAGGAGGGACAGGUUCUGGACCUCUCUGUCAAGGCGUGUCCGAUCGAACCGAAACAGGAAUAUCCCAGUCCUCACCAGGAAAACGUUCUCGACCUGUCUGUGCCUGGCGUGAGGAAAACCUGUGUUCAGUCGGAAAGGAAAGUAUCCUUAGAGUCAGGCCAGGGUGCGCCCAGCGCUGCUUUGUCCCUGGGUGUCCAAUGCUCUCCAGCUUUAGACUCCAAACUCCUGGGCAGCCUGACCUCGCUGGAGUUCAGCCGGCAACACAAGUGGCUGGUGGACACCGGCGUGGCUAGUUCCAGCUCUCUGGGCCAAGAGGCCUCUCUCAGCGGAGCCGGAAACCUGGAGAUAGUGAGCACGUCGCAGACAGCCAAGGUCAUCGUCUCAGUUAAAGAUGCCAUUCCCGCCAUCCUCUGUGGGAAAAUCAAAGGUCUAUCAGGAGUCUCAACCAAGAACUUCUCCAUCAAACGGGACGGCAGCCAGGCGGCCUCGCUGCAGCAGCUCUAUGGGAUGCCGUCAUCGUCUCACGGGGAGCAAGACCCCAACAACCCUCAUAAAAAGGUCACUAAAAACAGAGCCAUCAAGCUAAAGAAGGUCAGCUCCCAGGAGAUCCACUUCCUUCCAAUUAAGAAGCAGAGACUCGCAGCAUUGCUGCCCAGGAAGUGAGAGUGCUCACCAGAGGGGGGGG